AUGCAGUCCUCGCUGCGGGUGGCCGUGGUGUGCUCCAGUAACCAGAACCGGAGCAUGGAGGCACACAACAUCCUCAGCAAACGAGGGUUCAACGUAAGGUCCUUUGGCACGGGCACUCACGUGAAGCUGCCGGGCCCAGCACCUGACAAGCCCAACGUGUACGAUUUCAAAACCACCUAUGACCAAAUGUACAAUGAUCUCCUUCGAAAGGACAAAGAGCUCUACACGCAGAACGGGAUCCUGCACAUGCUGGACCGCAAUAGAAGAAUCAAGCCGAGGCCGGAGAGAUUCCAGAACUGCAAAGAUCUCUUCGACCUCAUCCUUACCUGCGAAGAGCGAGUCUAUGACCAGGUGGUGGAAGAUCUCAAUUCCAGAGAGCAAGAGACCUGUCAGCCGGUGCACGUGAUUAACGUGGACAUCCAAGACAACCACGAAGAAGCCACCCUAGGCGCCUUUCUCAUUUGCGAGCUUUGUCAGUGCAUACAGCACACCGAAGACAUGGAGAACGAGAUAGACGAGCUGUUGCAGGAGUUUGAGGAGAAAAGUAAUCGAACUUUUCUCCACACUGUCUGCUUCUACUGA